AUGGCAGAUACAGAGCAAGGAGACGCCCUUUUGGAGCCCCAGGCACGAGUUGUAACAUAUUGCGGAGUCUGCACUCUGCCCCCUGAAUACUGCGAAUAUGGCGGCACGGUAAAAAAGUGCCAAGAUUGGCUGCAAACCAACCAAAAGGCAAUGUAUGACAGGAUAUGGUCAGCAGAGGCACUUGAAGCUGCCACGGCCUCGCUCUCGGUCGAGGCCCAGAAGCGUGCUGCCAAAGACGCUCAGAAGAAGACGGCCAAGGCCGAGGCCGCCGAGGCCAAGCAGGCCGACAAGCUCGCCAAGAGCAUCAUCACGAUCAAGCGCAUCGAGCGCAACAAGCGCAAGUUUGUCACGGCCGUCAUCGGUCUUGAGACGUUUGGCCUGGACCUGAAAAAGUGCGCCAAGGACUUUGGCAAAAAGUUUGCCACCGGCUCGUCCGUCACAAAGGUUCCCAGCGGCGGCGAGGAGAUUGUGGUGCAGGGCGACGUGAGCGACGAGCUCGAGGAGUUUAUUUUGGAAAAGUACAAGGACAUACCCGAGGACAACAUCGAGCUGGUGGACGACAAGAAGAAGAAGAAGGCGGCGGCGGCAGCGGCGGCCAGUUAG